CCGCCUCAGCUCCCACCAUGGCCGAGACCGCCAAGCUCCAGCUGUUUGUUAAGGCGAGCGAGGACGGGGAGAGCGUGGGGCACUGCCCUUCCUGCCAGCGGCUUUUCAUGAUCCUGCUCCUUAAGGGUGUGCCCUUCACGCUCACCACCGUGGACACGCGCAGGUCCCCGGACGUGCUGAAGGACUUCGCCCCUGGCUCACAGCUGCCCAUCCUGCUCUAUGACGGCGACGCCAAGACGGACACGCUGCACAUCGAGGAGUUUCUGGAGGAGACGCUGGGGCCACCCCACUUCCCGAGCCUGGCGCCGCGGUACCGGGAGUCCAGCACGGCUGGCAACGACGUGUUCCACAAGUUCUCCGCGUUCAUCAAAAGCCCGGUGCCCGCUCAGGACCACGCUCUGCACCAGCAGCUGCUGCGCGCCCUCGCCAGGCUGGACAGCUACCUGCGCACGCCCCUGGAGCACGAGCUGGCGCGGGAGCCACAGCUGCGCGAGUCGCGCCGUCGCUUCCUGGACGGCGACCAGCUCACGCUGGCCGACUGCGGCCUGCUGCCCAAGCUGCACAUCGUCCACACCGUGUGCGCGCACUUCCGCCAGGCGCCCAUCCCCGCGGAGCUGCGCGGCGUCCACCGCUACCUGGACAGCGCGCUGCAGGAAAAGGAGUUCAAGUACACGUGUCCGCACAGCGCCGAGAUCCUGGCGGCCUACCGGCCCGCCGUGCGCCCCCGCUAGCGCCCCCGCCCCUCGUCUGCGGCCCCAUAAAAGCAUCCGCGCCCAGUAAGCGUGUCCUGAGAUCCAGGGGCCAGAGGCCCCGCCAUUACUGCCGCCCCCACGUACGCACGGUGGGAUUUUCAGCUCCACAUGACAGUCCAGAACGGUGGCCCAU